AUGGCUUGUGUGGCUCUACUUUCUCUUAUGAGGACACUAGAGCUUGAGUUCUUGCAACCACUGCCUCGUCCAAUCCUACAAGAAAUGGAACUCCUCACCCCUUUCAACAAAGACUUGGUUCAAUCUCUCCUCAAAAAGCUUGGAUCUCUGAUGGAACUCUUUGAUAAGAACAGAAUGGAUGGUGUUGAAGCAAUCGAAGAGUUGGAAACAAAGCUCAGAGAUGUAGCUUUCAGAGUGGAAGAUGAAAUCGAAUUCCAAAUUGCACAUCUUCAUGAAACAGAAGAGGAUUUUGGAAUUGGAACACCACAAGGGGAUACUAAUAUAUUGCCGCCAAAUCUUCUAGUCCUUGUUUCAAACUUGGUCUUAUUCUGCAACAAGGAAUGGAAGACAUUGAUGCCGUCAAGGAAGAAAAUGGUUGGUAGAGACAAGGAGUUUGAGAUUAUAAUGGGGAUGCUAAUCGAACGUUCAUCAAGGCAACUCAAAGUUGUUUCGAUUAGCGGUAUGGGAGGCAUCGGUAAGACGACGUUAGCAAGACGAAUUUAUAGGGAUCCGCUAAUUGCUUCUAGCUUUGACCUGCUAGCGUGGGUUAAUGCAUCACAGCAUCAGAACGAUAGACAAAUGCUUCUUGGUCUUCUUAACUCAUUGGUCUAUACAAAUAAUAGCAGCAGUGAUGAGGAUCUUUCAGCACAACUCCGCAAGACUUUAUGGGGUCAAAGGUACGAUCAAGAGCUUACUACUCAUGCCAAAAGCUAUAGCUAUACCUAG